AUGCCGAUUCCACCCAACCACAAACCAAUCCGACAGCUUCAUCAGGUGAUCAGGGGAAUCAGUCAGGUGAUCAGAAGACUGAGCAAACCUGACAGGAAUUGUGAGGACUGUCACGAGGUCUUUGAAGGUGGGUGUUCCAAGCAUUCCCUUACCACCAUCAAGGACAACCCCAGCCCUAAAGGGUCUAAAGACAAAGCAAGGAAGACUCUACCUGAUGGUCUGGCGGUCAAGCCGUCAUCAAUACCAGGGGUUGGUCAGGGGAUCUUUGCUACCAAGUUCAUUCUUAAAGGAUAUCUGUUUAUUCCAUACGCUGGUGACAUUGUGGACCUAGAGAUUGAAGAUAAUGGUGCAAAUGCUUUGGAGGAAGGAAAACCUCACCAAUCUGCUGACAGCAAAAGUGAGCAGACAGGCAACUGGAUGCAAGACAUCAACUGUGCAUGCAAUGAGGGUGAACAGAACCUUGUAGCAUUCCAGUAUCUUGGUGAGAUCUACUACCGUACCUUCAAACCAAUAUGUCCAGGAACGGAGCUACUGGUCUACUAUGGGGAGAGGCAUGCAAAAGAUCUUGAUUCUGGCCUCGCCUAUAGAUGUGAGUACUGUGGUUCACGCUACGCAAUUCCUAUCGUCUUAGCAAGGCAUCUCAAGUACAAACAUGGACACUAUGGUAUCCUCCCGCCAGCAGAUGCACCAAAGGAAGACAUUCUACAGUUCAUCAAAGGAGAAAUACAAAAACCUAUUCAAUCUGUUAAUAGAGAUAAGAAGCCCCAUGUAUGUGAUCAGUGUGGUAAGGAAUUUACUCAAAAAGCUCAUCUCACAUCACAUAAACGCAUUCAUACAGAUGAGAAGCGCUAUGUAUGUGAUCAUUGUGGUAAGGCAUUUAAUCAUAUGGGUAAUCUCAAAAAACAUAAACGCAUCCAUACAGGUGAGAAGCCCUAUGUAUGUGACCAGUGUGGUCAGGAAUUUAAUCGUAAAGAUGUUCUUACAGCACAUGAACGCAUCCAUACAGGUGGGAAGCCCUAUGUAUGUGAAAGGCAUCAAUGUGGUAAGGCAUUUAGUGAAAAACAUCAUCUCAAAGCACAUGAACGCAUCCAUACAGGUGAGAAGCCAUAUGUAUGUGAUCAUUGUGGUAAUGCAUUUAAUCAGAAACAUGUUCUCACAACUCAUAAACGAAUUCAUACAGGUGAGAAGCCAUAUGUAUGUGAUCAAUGUGGUAAGGCAUGUAAUCAAGCUUGUGAUCUCAAAAAACAUAAACACAUUCACACAGGUGAGAAGCCCUAUUUAUGUGAUCAGUGUGGUAAAGCAUUUAGUCAAAUAAAUAAUCUCACAAUACAUAAGCGCAUCCAUACAGGUGAGAAGCCCUAUGUAUGUGAUCAAUGUGGUAAGGCAUGGGGUGACUCUUCCUCUCUCAGGUAUCAUAAGCCAAAAUGUCAAGAUGCAAACACACAGUGCAAUAAGAAACUCAUUCAUUGA